CUGCAUUGCCAUGCAGAUUUGCAAUUAACUAUAUUCUCACAGGCUUUUGUUUUCUCUUUUUUUUCUUUAGUGUUUCACUGGCAAGCUACCAUCACAGGACCGAAUGACAGCCCUUAUCAUGGAGGGGUAUUUUUCCUUUCUGUCCAUUUUCCCACUGAUUAUCCCUUCAAGCCACCAAAGGUUGCCUUUACAACUAAAAUCUAUCACCCAAACAUAAACAGCAAUGGUAGCAUUUGCCUUGACAUCUUGAGGUCGCAGUGGUCUCCUGCACUCACAAUAUCUAAAGUUUUACUAUCCAUAUGCUCCUUGCUUUGUGACCCAAAUCCAGAUGAUCCCCUGGUUCCUGACAUCGCUCACAUCUACAAGUCAGAUAGGCAAAAGUACAACAAAUUGGCCAGAGAAUGGACCCAGAGAUAUGCAAUGUGA